AUGGAAGUGAAUGAGGGAGGAUUCCCCCUUUUGAGUCGGUCCAAUGGUAGAGGCAAGGCGCGUCCUGGUCGUAUACGGCCUGGUGAAGACGAAGAGCUAAUAGGUGGUGGUAGGAACGGGAACUUUGACGAUAUGCGAGUUUAUAAACGAGUUUUACUUCAACGGUUUACUGUUUACAAUUCCAUGACAACGAUGUAUAUUGUUGGUAGCAAUGCCAAGGAGUCGUUGUAUAGGAUAAUGGAGAUUGGGAAAGACUCCCACGAUGAAACUAUCUUGUCAAUUGUUGAGGAUAAGAACUAUUUUUACACGCGAAAGGAUAUGAUUGAGUUGUUGAAUGGGUUGAACGAUUCCAUUGACGGAGGAAUCCACAAGUUGACGCACGGAUAUGGGCUCUUGGGGUUGAUUCGGUUUACCAAAGGGUACUAUUUGAGCUUGAUUACGAAAUGUUCCCAAGUUGCUGUAUUGGGUGGUCAUUUCAUCUACCAUAUCGAUGAAACAAAAUUGAUCCCCUUGGGCAAUAAUUACAAAAGACCGGAAAAGUAUAGCGAUGAAGAGAAACUAUUAUCAAUUUUCAAGUACAUGGACUUGGGAAAGACUUUUUAUUUCAGUUACAACUAUGAUAUCACCAAUUCAUUGCAGACCAACUUUAUGAGACACAAAUUAAAGAAUCAAGCUGAAAAGAACAAAUUGUUUCAUAAUGAGUUGUAUGAGAGUUUUGACCAUAAUCACCGGUUUGUUUGGAAUAAUCUUUUACUAAAGCCAAUCUUGGAAAAUGACGAUGUUGCCACAUACGAAUGGUUUCAGCCAAUAAUUCACGGAUUUAUAGACCAAGCGAAUAUCAGUUUAUAUGGAAAGAAGUUUUACAUAACCAUAAUUGCGCGAAGGUCACAUCAUUUCGCUGGGGCCAGGUUCUUGAAAAGAGGAAUCAAUAAUAUGGGUAAUGUGGCUAAUGAGAUUGAAACUGAGCAAAUUGUAAGUGAUAUGCUCAUUUCUAGUUUUCAUGACCCCAAUUUUGGAAUGUACAAUAAUCCAAGAUACACUAGUUUUGUCCAGCAUCGAGGGUCAAUUCCAUUAUUUUGGACCCAGGAUAUGAACAAAUUACCAAAACCGCCAAUUAAAAUUAAUUUGCCUGAUCCAUAUUAUCAAAGUUCAGCACUACAUUUUGAUAAUCUAUUUUAUAGAUAUGGUUCGCCAAUAAUCAUUUUGAACUUGAUAAAGCAAAAGGAAAAACAACCACGAGAGCUGAAGCUCCAUUUUCAAUAUAUCAAUUGCAUAAAGUAUCUUGACCAGUUUCUACCAGAAAAUGAUAAACUUCAGUAUUAUGCAUUUGACAUGUCUAAACAUUCGAAAAAGAACCUUGAUGUGAUUACUCCCUUGCAGAAUAUCGCACAUUCUGCAAUUGACCAAAUUGGUAUUUUCCAUAAUGGUACUAAACUAUCCAACACUGAGUUGCAACAUGGCGUGAUUCGAACUAAUUGUAUCGAUUGUUUGGACCGGACUAAUGCUGCACAAUUCAUCAUUUGCAAAGAAGCGUUAACAAAACAAUUGCAAAGUUUGCAUAUAAUAUCUAGCGACAAGACCCUAGAUUAUGAUUCCGAUUUGAUAAAUAUUUUAACUGAGAUAUUCCAUGAUCAUGGUGAUACUAUUGCCAUACAGUAUGGUGGUUCUAAUCUUGUGAAUACGAUGGAUUCGUAUCGACGUAUCAAUCAAUGGUCUUCUCAUACAAGAGACAUGUUGAAUAGUAUCAAACGGAUUUAUUCCAAUUCAUUUAUGGACACGAUUCGUCAAGAAGCGAUUAAUUUGUUUUUGGGCAACUAUGUUUACUCUAAGGAUAAGCCUAAACUAUGGGAGUUGGCUAAUGAUUUUGCAUUGCAUAAUGAUUUAUCGAUUGAUUAUAACUUGAGAGAUAAAAAGAGUUAUGUUCUUUGGUUCAAUGAGAAAAACUUGGAUCCUAAUAGGUUUCAAAUAGAGAAGAAGAAGAAGAAGGAAGAUGAGAAGGAGGAGGAGGAGGAGGAGGAGGAGGAAGAAGAGGAGGAAGAAGAGGAUGAGGAGGAGGGUGAUGCGGAUGAAGAAGACGCAGAGGCAGAAGAGGAUGCAGAAGAAAACAAUUUCAAGCACCAUGCAUCUAUUGUUGACAUUCCAGAUAUGAAUGAUAAAUGGUUUAACGAAUGCUAUAUUCCUCGUAAAUACCAGUCAUUUUCAGAUUUAUUUCAGUUCAAUAUGAACUCUAAUUCAAGGUAUUUUCCACUGGGAGUUCAACAGCCAAACGGCGGAGAUAGUCCUGUACGAUUUGAUUAUAGUCCCUUUGAAAGUAGGAAAUUUAAGUCUAAUAAUAGGAAAAUUGGAGAGGAUGAAUUGACGUACCUUGAUCAUGAAGAUGGAGGAGGAGGAGGAGGAGGAGGAGGAGGAGGAAAAAGAGGAAAAAGAGAAGGGGGAGGGGGAGAAGAAGAUGAAGGAGCAGAUGAAGAAGAAGCAGAUGAAGAAGAAGCAGAUGAAUCAUUUACUAAACUCAAUUCCAAUAAGAUUAAAACAUUUCUUGCAUUAAAGAUUAUCCUGAAGCAUAAACAUAAGCGAUUGAAGAAACUUGAAGAGGAGGGGGAAGAGGAAGAAGAAGAAAAAGAGGAAAGAAAGGCAAAACAGAAUACCAGGAAUGAUCUAAUGGGAAAAGACGGCAAAGAGGAAUAUACAUGCAGAGCACCUCUUGUUAAUGAAGAUGAUAUGAAGUUAUACUAUUCACAAUUUAAUUAUAAAAAGAUUCUCGAGCAACAAAAGGCGAUAUUUGUGUAUAAUUCGUUAUCCACACCGCAAUAUACCACUGCUCGAUUAAAGCCCAGUUUGAAAGAUUUGGACCUUUAUAAAUUUUUCACUAGGGAUGUCUUGAUAAGAAUAUCCAAUGCUCAUAAUGGGAAUUAUCUUGAUACGAAUUUGAUCCCCAUGAAAGAUUUUAGAUUAUAUUCGAAUUACUGUGAUGAAAAUAGGGAUGAGUUUGCAUUAUCUGCUGAUUAUAAUUAUAUUUAG